UCAGCGGCAGCCUUCGGCCCCCACACCGGAUAGACUGGACGCUUGCAGUAGCACCACAGGCCGCAGUAGCCAUCAGUUAGAGAUAGAGAGGGUUUGGAGCCGUUUACUGAUUGUCUCCUUUCUAAUUUGCGCCUCAGACAUUAGCAUUAACAGAAUUGCUUCACCAUUGUUUUAGCUAGGUCUUAUGUAAGCGGGUAUUUCAGAGAAAAUCCGCAGUUACGUUUGAUGUACUGUUUAUAGCGUUGGACAUCAGCAGGAAAAUACACAUCCGUCUAUUCGAAAGCAAUUGUCGAUAGCCUGCUUCCUGUAUCGUGGACUGACUGCCCGACCUUCGGCGCACAUCAACCAGCGACAAUGGCAGAUAGAGAGCAACUGAUCCAGAGAGCCCGUAUGGCUGAGCAGGCGGAACGGUACGAUGACAUGGCCUCGGCGAUGAAACAGGUGACUGAGCUGAGCGAGCCUCUGAGUAACGACGACCGCAACCUACUCUCUGUGGCCUACAAGAACGUGGUGGGGGCCCGGCGGUCCUCCUGGCGCGUCACCUCCAGCAUCGAGCAGAGGGCCAUGGCCGACGGCAACGACAAGAAGCUGGAGCUGGUGAAGGCCUACCGAGAGACCAUCGAGAAGGAGCUGGAGACGGUGUGCCAGGACGUGCUCAACCUGCUCGACCAGUUCCUCAUCAAGAGUUGCGGAGAAGACCAGCUGGAGAGCAAGGUGUUCUACCUGAAGAUGAAGGGCGACUACUACCGCUAUUUGGCCGAGGUGGCCACAGCCGAGAAGAAGACCUCCGCCGUGGAGUCCUCCGAGGGAGCCUACAAGGAAGCCUAUGAGAUCAGCAAGAGCAUGGCGGCCACCCACCCCAUCCGGCUAGGCCUGGCCCUCAACUUCUCUGUGUUCUACUACGAGAUCCAGAAUGCUCCCGAGGAGGCCUGCAGGCUGGCCAAGGAGGCCUUUGAUGAGGCCAUUGGACACCUGGACAAUCUGAACGAGGACUCCUAUAAGGACUCCACCCUCAUCAUGCAGCUGCUGCGGGACAACCUGACCCUGUGGACCAGUGACCAGCAGGACAGCGAGGGGGGAGAGGCCCAACCCUGAGACCUCCUCCUACCCCCAGAUAGUCUUUAGCUAGAGUUAGACACUCCCCUUCCCCUUAUUCUCUACUAUUUUCUGACCUUCUCUAUUCCCUCUAUUUUCUUCUCUUCCUAAUCGCUCACCUCUUUUUCUCUUUGUGCCAUUAUAAUGCUCAAUUAAGGCCUCAUCAGGAAGAAUCUGUUCUCUAGUGGCCUGUCGUUUUGUCCUACAUUCUCACCUCUACCCCUGCUGCUGCAUUCACCUUCUCAUACUGUCCUCCUCAACUCUCUCCCUCUUCUCUGUCCUCCCAAGGCUUUCUGUCCCUGGCCCACUUUCUGUGCACUGGUGCUUAUUUUGUUUUUUAUUAUAGUCAUUCCAUCCCAUUUUUUAUAGUUGCUGAUGAUGAACUGAAUGGUUGGUAUUCAAGUGGCAUUUCCACAGGAUGUUCUCGUGAGGACAAUCUAUCGUCAUGAUGAUGUCUGUAAUGCUAACUAGGGAAAUGUUUCAUUAUUUUGCACAGCAUAGUGCAAAUGUCACUAUUUACCAGAAUGUUGUUGUGCUCUCCUCCUUGACUUGUACCGCUUCUAUGCCCCCCCCUGCUCUCCUCCUUGACUUGUACUGCUUCUAUGCCCCCCCAUGUUACUGUAAAAUGUCUGUCUGUUGUCCCUCUCUAUUUCUUGCCCUUUCCACUUUGCCCUCUGACCUCUGUGUGCACUGUUAGCCCCUGUGAACGUAUUCCAGCCAUCUUCCGUCUUGAAAUGUCCGUCUGUGAAUGUUGAUGGGACAGUGUCUGGAGUUUUCAGUUGUGCAAGUACAUUUGUUUAUUAUUAUGAAUCAUGCGUGGUCAUUAAAGAAUUCCAUUAAAACAUAACCUACCAUGGGAA